UCACCAGUUGUUCGAACAACUGGACGCUAAUGGAAACGGUCAGGUGACCUUUGAAGAGUUCAUGAAUGAAAUGUUCCAACAUUCCAGUACAGCUGCUGAAAAAAUAACCCCGUUGCUGACCCCGACCCCGAAAGUGACCCGCACAAAAUCCCGCCGGCGGAAGUCGUUCAUUCGUAAAACGGGGAUGUCAACUUAUGAAUCGUUUUUCCUCUCACCCGGAAAUUCUUCAUUGUCGUUCACCACACUCGAUACCAACAGCAGAGGGUUCAUUAAAAGUGACGAUCUAGUGGAAUUAUGGGAAAGCUACGGGAUUACUAAUGCUGUCGACGUUCUCAAGGCAUACAACAUCGAACUGGACAGAGAACUGAGUCACACCAAGUUAGCCGCCGUACUUGAAGAUGAGUUGCUGUUUACUGCUGAUCAUAGUCCAAAGUUACAGGCCGCCAUUAUCACCUGUCUCCAGGAAUGCAAAAAUCUGAGGUGUCUACUGGAAGAAGCAUCCCAGGAGAAAGAUCGUCUUAUUAUUGGUCUGCGGGAAUCGAACAUACGCAGUCAGAUCUUGGCUGAAGAAGACGAUGAGAGGCAUGCCGCUUUAGAGAAAACCCUGCAACACAGACUUCAGUCAGUGGAAGGUUUUUACCAGGAGCAAAUCAAGAACUUAAAAGAGGAACUGAAAAAAGAUCGAGAGGAGCGAAUGGAUAUGAUAGACGAACAUGACACAAUGAUAGAAAAGAUGAACAACUCCUAUGAAGAAGAUAACAAGAAGUUAAAAGAAACCUUGGUUGCUACGCAAGAGGAUUUACGCCAAACUCAAGCGGAACUCAACGAAUCACGGGAAAGGUUGAGAGACAUGGAAAAGCAGAAGCACAAACUCCAAUAUCAGCUGAGUGUAGAGAAGCUGAAGGCUGGUGGCAAGAAAUCA